AUGGGCUCGGAAAGCUCGGCCUCCGCUCAGAAGCGGAGCUCCGGCCCCUCCCCAACCGCCGCCGCUGCGAGCGGCCGCGCCGCCUCCAUCCUCCCCCGCGGGCGGCAGAUCCAGAAGACCUUCAACAGCAUCAAGAUCACCAUCCUCUGCGGCUUCGUCACCAUCCUCGUCCUCCGCGGCACCAUCGGGCUCGGCAGCGUCUCCUCCUCCGAAGCCGAGGCCGAGACCCAGCACCUCAUCGAAGAGACGAACCGGGUCCUCGACGAGAUCCGAUCCGACAAGGACUCGGCCGACCCGUACGCCCCACCCGACGACCUCCUCGUCCCUAACGCCGCCACCUUCAGCCUUGGCCCGAAGAUCAGCUCGUGGGACGACGAUCGCAAGGUAUGGCUCGAGAAAAACCCCCAAUUCCCAAAUUACGUCAACGGCAAACCCAGAAUCAUGCUGGUGACGAGCUCGCCGCCCGGCCCGUGCGACAACGCGAUUGGGGAUCACUAUUUGCUGAAGGCCGUGAAGAACAAGAUCGAUUACUGCAGGAUCCAUGGGAUUGAGAUUGUUUACAACACGGCCCAUAUGGAUAAGGAGAUGGCCGGUGACUGGGCCAAGCUUCCCUUGAUACGCCGCCUGAUGCUAUCUCACCCUGAGGUCGAGUGGAUAUGGUGGAUGGACAGUGAUGCCUUGAUUACUGAUAUGGUGUUUGAGAUACCAUCUGAGAGGUAUAAGGACUACAAUCUGGUCAUCCAUGGAUAUCCCAAUUUGCUCUUCGAUCAGAAGUCAUGGAUUGCUUUGAACACUGGCAGCUUCUUGAUCCGCAACUGCCAGUGGUCUUUGGAUUUGCUGGACGUUUGGGCUCCAAUGGGGCCCAAGGGCCCGAUCCGCGAUGAAGCGGGUAAGAUCUUGACAGCUCAUCUGAAGGGCCGGCCUGCGUUCGAGGCAGACGAUCAAUCUGCCUUGAUAUACGUGCUGCUUUCUCAAAAAGAGAGGUGGAUGAACAAGGUUUUUAUCGAGAACACGUUUUAUCUGCACGGGUAUUGGGAGGGUUUUGUUGACCAUUAUGAGGACAUGAUGGGAAAGUACCAUCCGGGCUUGGGUGACGACAGGUGGCCGUUUGUGACCCAUUUUGUCGGUUGCAAGCCGUGUGGGAGUUAUGGAGAUUAUCCGGUUGAGAGGUGUUUGAAGAGUAUGGAGAGGGCUUUCAACUUUGCGGAUAAUCAAGUUUUGAACUUGUAUGGAUUUAGGCAUAGGGGUUUGGUGAGCCCUAAUAUAAAGAGGAUUAGGAAUGAGACUGAUAUGCCUUUGGUGAAUGUGGACAAGCUUGAUAUUCGGCACCAAAUUAAUGGAUCUAAGAGCUAG